CUUUUCAGUUUGUAAAAUCGCCUCGUACGGCUCGGAAGUUGCCCGGACGGAAAACUCCACGGAACGGAACGGAAAGAAAGAAAACAGAAGAAGAAGGAGUGUGUGAGAGUGGCGGGCCCCUUACAAUACAAAAAAAAAGUUGAAAAGAAAAGAAAGGAAAAAAUAUAUAAAGAAGAAAGUGUAGUGCCGUAGUGUUAUAUUCCUCAGUUUUUAAGUUUUUCCCCCGCCUAUUUUCAAAGCCCCGCGAAACAAUUACAGUUAUUCAGUUUCUCAGCCAGUGGAAAAUCUCGGAAUCGAAAGUAUGUUUAUUGGCAGAGCGCACCGACCCCGCAGAAUGAGAGAAUAGCGCCAUGUUGUCCAAUCCAGCCCCAACCUAGUGAGUAGCUCAAGGCCCAGGGCUAAGCAUUCCGAGGAUGCUUUGGGUCUGCUCCUAACAUCUAGUAGAAUACUUUCAAGUGGGAGUUCAAGGGAUUGCGUCUUGAUCCCCGGGAGUGGGGGAGUGGACAGGAUCAGACGAGGUCACGAGUGUGGAGUGUAUGAGUGAGGUGCCUUGCCAGCUGCGGGGCACUGAGAACUGCAAAAAUCGUGGGCAAGGAUAACGAAAAACAUUCAGUGCAACACUAUGCGCAUGCAGCCAUGAAUCUGAUCAACAUGGACUCGGAGAACCGUGUGGUGCUCAAUGUGGGUGGCAUCCGGCACGAAACCUACAAGGCCACGCUGAAAAAGAUUCCGGCUACGCGAUUAUCCCGGCUAACAGAGGCCCUGGCCAACUAUGAUCCGAUACUGAAUGAGUACUUCUUUGAUCGGCAUCCGGGCGUCUUCGCACAAGUGCUCAACUAUUACAGAACCGGUAAGCUGCAUUAUCCCACAGAUGUGUGCGGACCGCUGUUCGAAGAGGAAUUGGAGUUUUGGGGCCUAGACUCAAAUCAAGUGGAACCCUGCUGUUGGAUGACCUACACACAGCAUCGUGACACACAGGAGACCCUAGCCGUGCUAGAUCGACUCGAUCUGGAUACGGAAAAACCGUCCGAAGAGGAAUUGGCACGUAAAUUUGGCUUCGAAGAGGACUACUACAAAGGCACUAUAUCCUGGUGGCAGGAGAUGAAGCCGCGCAUUUGGUCCUUGUUCGAUGAGCCCUAUAGUUCAAAUGCAGCCAAGACUAUUGGCGUGGUUUCGGUGUUCUUCAUCUGCAUCUCGAUCCUGUCGUUCUGCCUGAAGACCCAUCCGGAUAUGAGGGUGCCCAUUGUCCGGAACGUGACAGUGCGAACUGCGAACGGAACUGCCGGAUGGUUUCUGGACAAGACACAGACCAAUGCGCACAUAGCCUUCUUCUAUAUUGAAUGCGUUUGCAAUGCCUGGUUUACCUUUGAGAUAUUGGUACGCUUUAUCUCAUCGCCGAACAAGUGCGAAUUCAUCAAGUCAUCUGUUAACAUCAUAGAUUAUAUAGCGACGCUUAGUUUUUAUAUUGAUCUAGUGCUUCAGCGAUUCGCAUCGCAUUUGGAGAACGCUGACAUCCUCGAGUUCUUCUCGAUUAUCCGGAUUAUGCGACUCUUUAAGCUGACGCGCCACUCGUCCGGCUUGAAGAUCCUCAUCCAGACGUUCCGGGCCUCGGCCAAGGAGCUGACCCUGCUGGUGUUCUUCCUCGUCCUGGGCAUCGUCAUCUUCGCCAGUCUCGUCUACUAUGCGGAGCGCAUCCAACCGAAUCCGCACAACGACUUCAACAGCAUCCCCCUCGGUCUCUGGUGGGCCCUGGUCACCAUGACCACCGUCGGCUACGGAGACAUGGCCCCCAAAACCUAUAUAGGAAUGUUUGUGGGCGCACUAUGUGCCCUCGCCGGUGUACUAACCAUCGCACUGCCAGUGCCCGUCAUCGUCAGCAACUUCGCCAUGUACUACUCGCACACGCAGGCCCGCGCCAAACUGCCAAAGAAGCGGAGACGAGUGCUUCCCGUCGAACAGCCGCGACCGCCGCGAUUGCCAGGUGCCCCUGGCGGUGUCAGUGGCUGUGGCACCCCGGGCUCUGGUCCACAUUCCGGUCCCAUGGGCUCCGGCGGCACUGGACCACGUCGCAUGAACAAUAAAACGAAGGACCUGGUCAGCCCCAAGUCAGUUGCUCAACUUUUCACAGGUCCAUUGGGCGCAAGUAUUGUGGCCAUGAGUCCCAGGACAAUGCUGGACUUGAAUCCUGCCCUGGCCAUGGGAAAACCGAAUUUCCAACCCCGUUUUCCCACUCCCCUGGCCGCCACGCCACCCGUAGUAAGUUCAGGCAUGGGAGUCACCUCCGGAGACACUGCACCGACUGCAGCACCACCGGUGAUUCCGGUGCCCAGCAUUGCUGUCUCCACUUUGGGCAAGGAUUCGGGCAUCUCCACCACCACGACCACGGCAACCACCAACAGCGGCAACCUGGAGACCAGCAAGAAGGCCUUCCUCUAAAGAAUACGAAAGCGUUUAUUGAAAGGCAGCCAAGACUCAAGCCACCUGAUAUCUAAAUAUGUUUCCCCGAUCCUCCCAAUAAGCAAUAUCUACUCGAUAUCAUAGCCUUCGCAUACGUAUAUGAAUUACAUAUUUCAGAGAUGGCAGCUAUCUUUGAUCGUAGAUCAUAUUUUUGUUGAAAUCAUAUCACAAAGUCGAGUUAUCGAAUCCAAAUGAGUAAUAUAUAUAUUUUAUUUAAAAGAUGGCAAUGGAUCGGUAUUCGAAUCGGUAUUAAUUUUAUUCGUAUACGAGUAUUUUGAACACAUAUCAUAUCAAGUUUAAUUGGAGUUUUAUUCAAGUUUAAAGAUAUAUUUUCA